GGUAGAAAUUUUCUGGGUCAAAAAAAAAAAAAUGAAAACAAGAAACUGUUGGCUAGUACUACCUCUAUUCUUCUUCUUUCCCUUCGUACUUGAUAGUUCUUCCCUUGGCCUUGACUAGAACCUAUCAACCACGAUACCGUAUGAUAUCAUCCACUUUUAUAGUAUUGUCUUAUUCAAAUUAUUCAAUCUUUGAAUUCAAUUUUUAAUUUUGAUUUUAAUAUUCAUAUCGUUGAAUUAGUAAACAAUCAACGCUUCUCAAUUUCUUUUGAAACCCUAUUUUGUGGGUCUUAUAAUUUUUUUGACCCAGUUCAUGGUUUUAUCUCUUAUAUAUAUUUACUCAUUUUUAUAGUUUCUGGGUUUCCUCUUUUUUUUUUUUCUUUUCAUUUUAUUGAUUCUUUUCCUCAAAUUUUAUUAUUGUUUUGUAGUUUUGUUGCUUAAUGAUUGGUUGAUUGAUGCAUGUUUGAUACUUGCAAAACUGUGUGUAUUCAUUCCUUUUAAAAGGGGUUUUUGUUUGGGAAUUGUAUAGUAAUUUGAGCAGUUUGUUGAUUGGAGAUGCCAAUAGCUGGUUUUAUUGGUGUUGAUUGAUGAAUGAUGAUUUACAAUAGAAGUUUAGAUUAGGGAUUAUUUCAAUAGUGGUAAUUGAGCAUGGGUUGUGGAAGUAGUAAACCUAAGGCAUUUGAAGAUGGUGUUGGGACCUCUAGAAUUGGAGUUCCUAGUAAGAAACUGUCUCCAACGACGUCGUCGUCGCGUAGAGAACCCUCUACUGCUAAUCAGUUAAUGAGUAGAAGUGUAAGUAAAAGGUUAUUGAUUGAUAGGAAAACCAGUAGUUCUAAUAGAUUAUGUGAGGAUCGAUUCGAGAAGAGUAGAGUGAAACCUGAGGAGGGUGUUUUAGUUCAUAAGUCAGACAUUAGAUUGGUUCCUAAAGCUAGGGAAGGUGAGCAGAUUGCUGCUGGCUGGCCUUGUUGGCUUGCUAUGGCUGCUGGUGAAGCUAUCGAUGGUUGGAUUCCUCGCAGGGCGGACACUUUUGAGAGAUUGGAGAAAAUUGGAGAAGGGACUUAUAGUAGUGUCUACAAGGCUCGGGAUCUCAUUAAUGGAAAGCUUGUUGCUCUAAAAAAAGUACGGUUUGAUAACCUCGAUCAUGAGAGUGUAAAGUUCAUGUCAAGGGAAAUUCUUAUACUACGUAGACUUGAUCACCCUAAUAUAAUUAAAUUGGACGGCCUAAUCGCAUCUACCACGUCGAGCAGCCUAUAUCUUAUAUUUGAGUACAUGGAACAUGAUCUUACCGGCAUUGCAUCAUUACCAGGCCUGAAGUUCACGGAACCACAGGUAAAAUGUUUUAUGCAACAGCUUCUUUCUGGCCUUGAACAUUGUCAUAGACAUGGUGUACUUCAUCGUGACAUAAAGGGUUCGAAUCUGCUGAUUAACAAUCGUGGCAUCUUGAAAAUUGCCGACUUUGGCCUAGCAACUUUCUUCAAUCCUCACAAGAGCCUGCCAUUGACAAGUCGAGUGGUAACAUUAUGGUAUCGACCUCCUGAAUUGUUGCUUGGAGCUACUCAUUACGGGGCUUCUGUUGAUUUAUGGAGUGCUGGUUGUAUUCUUGGAGAAUUGUACGCAGGCAAGCCCAUCAUGCCUGGAAGGACAGAGGUUGAACAAUUGCACAGGAUAUUUAAGCUUUGUGGCUCUCCACCUGAGGAAUAUUGGGAAAAUUCAAACUUACCCCAUUCAACAGCUUUUAAACCUCAAAGGCCUUAUCGAAGACGUGUUGCUGAGAGAUUUCAAGAUAUUUCUGCUCCUGCAUUGGCUCUUGCUGAGACUUUACUUUCUGUCGAUCCCACUACUCGUGGGACUGCCACUUCUGCUCUUGAGAGUGAGUUUUUUACAUCAAAGCCUCUUGCUUGCGAUCCAUCAACUCUGCCUAAAUAUCCUCCUAGCAAAGAGAUAGAUGCAAGACGACGGGAGGAAGAAAUCAGAAGGCAUCAAGCUUUAGAAGGAAAGCGUGACAGGAUUAUCCAUGGAAAGCAAGACUUGCAAGAAUCUGUUGCUACUGCAUUGGCCAAGAAAAAGAGGAGUCAAUCCAGAUCAAGGCCUGAGAAUGAGUUGUUUGGGUGUCAUCAGGAGUUUACCUCUGAUUCUCUACAAGGUCUUACUGGGAAUUCAGUAGCAGUCAAAGCAGUGAGCAAAGAGAUCUUUAACUGCCUUCAUCAGAGAGGCGUGUAUUCAGGACCAUUAACUCGUGUUGGAUUGCCAAAUGGUGAAAGGAAAUUGAAUGAUCCUUCAUUUUCAAGGUUACCCUAUAUAACAACUGCAUCUAGUCUGGUACCAAGUAGAACUUCCACUGUUGAAGAUAGCCGCCCAAAAUUUGGCCUUGCUCAAAAUAGAAGGGCACUUGAUGCAGCGGAAAGAUUUUCAGGACCGAUCAAAGAUAUGACGGGGGUAGGAAAUGAAAAUUGGCGGCAGUACUCUGGAAGAAUGAUGGGUUCUCGUCAGCUGGAAGAAACGCGUGCAAGAAGACCGGCAUUGCAUAGUGUUGCACUAGAUGGGAAUAGGAUUCACUUAUCUGGUCCAUUAUGCCAUCCGUCUAAAGAUAUGGAUCAGACGCUGAAAGAACAUGAUCUCCGAAUCCAAGAGGCAGCUCGGCGUGCUCGUCAUGAUAAGGUUAAGCACACCAAAGUGCUGGCUUGGUGAAUGAGGAUCGGCCUCAUUGAUACUGCCUUUCGGGUUUUGGAACUGAAAAAAUACAGCAACAAAAUCGAAAUUACGUUCAGGCUUCCUUGUAAAUAUUUACUCACAUGCUCUUGCUCUUGCAUAUUGUUGGGUGGUAAUGAGGUUAUCAAAUUUCAAUUAAAAUGUAUGUAUAUGUAUUUUGGGUUGAUAUUGUCUAAUAGCAAUGUCAUGAUUGCUUCAAUAUAUAAAAUAAUUUGCUAGCCUUCAA